UACAGACUCGUUAUACAAGAAACAUUCCUCCUACUUAGAGCUGCUGCGACCCGAGCCGGGGCUAGGUGAUCUACGGACCAUGGAGAGCGAAGAAGAAAACGGUGCUGGGUCUGGGGAUGAGAUCGUCAACGGCCGUGAUGGAGGAAUGCCGCGAGAGUCACAGUAUACUGAGCCUGAAGCCAAGGAGAAGAUGAGAGGCUUGCGGGCGGAGCUUGAAGAGGACAACAGGGAUCCUUCCAAGUUGACGAUGAAAAAGGUCGUACAACAGCUGGAUCUGCAACAAGAAUACUAUGCGGCAGGCAAGAACACUGAAAGCCGGAUCAUGGAUGCGGGCAACCUGCUACUUGUAUCAGAAAACCUACAUCGACUGAGCAAGAAAGAGAGGGCCAAUGCCAACGCCUAUGAUAUCAACGAAUUCCUCGAGCCACUCCGAUCGAAACUCGGUUUUGAUCUGCCCACAGUCGAGGAAGAGGGUGAGGACAACUUGCGAGGUAUACGCAAGAAUGGGGAACUUGGAGAUUGGGAGAGGAUCGGAUGGAUGGCUACGAAACGCAUGAGAACGGUCAUGGGACUCGAGAGCAUUAAUGGGAUGAUGGCUGUCGAGCACAAGAAGCGCGUCGUCAAGAAGCGAGCCAAACAAGCCGCUCUCGGGGCAGAAGUGAGACCUACCGAAUUGAGGGAACAAGACAUGGCGGCAAGCAAGAACGAGACGACGGAAAACGUCAAGAGCGUGUACAAGCGGCUACGAGAUUUCGAAGCAAACGACCUGCCGGUAGAAGGGGAGUAUGGCGGAGUCAACUUUUACGAAUGGAUCAUCAACCCCGAAAGCUUUUCAGAGACCGUGGAGAAUCUCUUCUAUACGUCAUUUCUGGUUCGGGAAGGCAAGCUCGUCAUUGAUAUCGAUGAUGAGGGGAUUCCUAGGCUAUAUGACGCUUUGGCCCCGCUGGAAGACGGGACGGAACCCGACCCGAUUCCGAAUACGGCACCAAAGAUUCAAGAGGUUCUGCAGUUCGAUAUGGACACUUGGAAGGAGGCGAUAAGAUUGUUCAACAUCACAAAACCCAUGAUUCCGGCACGCGGUCCCGUCAACACGCAGAAGGAUUCGUGGGCAGUGUAAUUUGGCCAUGUUCACGGAACAUCAGCAUACGCAGCCUCUGCGAUUGUAGCACAAGGACGUGUAUGUAUUCUUCUAUUGUAUCGAUACGACCUUAAAGAGUCGAUCCCGCCGUUCGAACGUAUUU